UCUUGCCAGAGCCCAGAGCGAACACGUGGUUCCGUGAUCGGUGCGCCGUUUUUCUCCGAUCCGUGCAGGCCUUUUAAACUACGCCCACACCUCGCGAUUCGCGAUUCAUGAUUCACGAUUCACCCCGCUUUUAACACACCCCGAAGCCACCGGACGCGAAACGGACCGACGGAACCCGUCACAAAUCGGCGCCAGCGCUCCCGGAAUACCUUCACGCAGCUUCUCAUACGGGUCAUGACGCUGGAAGCGAUCCGGUACCGGUCCGGGUCUCUGCAGAUCCUUAACCAGCUGCUGCUGCCGCACGAGACCGUGUACGAGGAGAUCCGCUCCGUGCGGGACGGAUAUGAGGCCAUCAAGAGCAUGAAGGUGCGCGGCGCUCCUGCCUUGGCCAUCGUGGGGUGCCUGAGCCUGGCGGUGGAGCUGCGGGCGGGCGCUGGGGGCGAUGACCUCGUCUGCUUCAUCAGGGACUCUCUGUGCCACCUGACGUCUGCCCGACCCACCGCGGUCAACAUGGGCCGAGCUGCCCGCGAGCUCAUGGAGUUCACCGAGAACGAGAGCAUGGAGAAAAACACAGAGCAGCUGAGAGACAGCGUGAUUGGCUGGAUUGAGGAGAUGUUGGAGCGAGACGUGAACGACAACAAAAAAAUCGGCAACUACGGCGCGCAGCACAUCCUGUCGGGCGUCCCGCGAGACUCCGUCACCAUCCUCACGCACUGUAACACGGGCAGCCUGGCCACCGCGGGAUACGGCACGGCUCUUGGAGUGGUGCGGUCGCUGCACACGCUGGGCCGCUUGAAGCGUCUGUACUGCACAGAGACCCGACCCUACAACCAGGGCGCCCGGCUGACGGCGUACGAGGCCGUGGCGGAGGGGUUCCCGGCCACCCUCAUCACAGACAGCAUGGCAGCGCUCGCCAUGAGGGAGAAGGGCAUCACAGCUGUCGUCGUCGGAGCAGACAGGGUUGUGGCCAACGGCGACACGGCCAACAAAGUGGGCACGUAUCAGCUGGCCAUCGCGGCUAAGCAUCACGGGAUACCGUUUUACGUGGCGGCACCCAGCACAUCCUGCGAUCUGAGUUUGGAGAGCGGACGAGACAUCGUGAUCGAGGAACGUCCACCUGAGGAGCUCACCAGCAUCAAUGGAGUUCCUGUAGCCGCUCCUGGCAUCGAGGUCUGGAACCCGGCGUUUGACGUCACUCCUCACCAGCUGAUCACGGGUGGCAUCAUCACGGAGCUCGGCGUGUUCCUGCCGUCUGAACUACAGGCCGCUCUGACGGGGAGACUCACAGCUCUGUAAGGAGCCGCUCACCGCCGGCGCGCUCCGAGUGUUUGCACCUCACUGUGGGGAAGUUACACCUUUAAUCACACACACAAGCGUCGGCACCGAGGUGUUCGCAAGGUAUACAAGGCACGCUCCAUUCAAUUCAACACUUACAAAGUGGAAUAACACCAUGUGACACACACUUGUACAACCCAGGGAUGCUUGUAAACACACAGACACACACACACGUUCUCCUUCUCUCUGAGUGUACAGCUCAUGUCACAUCAUCUCAUGUCUUUUGUCUUCAUCUUUGUGAAAACUUUGGUCAUUUGUUCCCUUUUCCACUCGUUUCUUCCCCUCUAUCUGGCUCAGCUCCAGUUUUUAACAGGAAGUGUUUCACAGAGAUGUUAAACGGUGUAGAUCAUUCAGAGUAUUUCAAAAUAAAAGUCUUGUACUAAAUACGGGUCAACUGCUGUCCUCUAAGGGGGAAUCUCAUGUAACCUGCCCAGAGCUCGUCCAGGUCUUAUUUCAUCAAUGAGAAUCCUAAUAAAAAUAUUUUAAAAUAUUUGCAAAAGUACAUAUCUUUUUUUUUUUUGUUGUUUUUUUUGCAUUCUUAAUGAGAAAAUAUUUUGCAUUACACUAAUGGGAAAAAUGCAUUUAAUUCUUGUCUUUGAUAUUAUUUUAUUUUUGCAAAACUAAUUGCAAAAUAAAGUGCCAUAUUUUCUUUUUCUUUUGAGGUGAAGUGUUUUCAUGAGACUAUCCCUUACAGGUCGGACUGUUUAUUAGUUAUAAUAGAUAUAUCAAAUCAAAGCCCGUUUCAGAUAUGGGCUGAACUUAAUGUACUUUAAUGCACAUAAGCACGCCAGUCUUUUCCAGGCAGUGCCAUCUCAUGUUACUAAAUCAAAAUGCUAGAUUAACAUUGAGACAUUGGAAACCUGCGUUUGAGCAGAUAAAACAAAAACAGACAGUAUGACCACUGGUAUGCAGACGGUUUUAAUGUUAUCUGAGCUUGCAAGUAAAUACAGGUGUUAGAAUAAAGUAAUUAAGACCAGAAUGGUCCAUCUGCCUGAAACGAACAAUCAGUUGAAGUUUUCAGGUUAAUCUCGAGCUCUAUCGGUCGAAAUUCCUACAGAAAAUAAAUUAUGAAUCUAAAUUAUUUGUACUUGAAACCACAUAUGCUCGAGUUAAACCUGCGAUAUUUCUUUAAGUCUGUAAUUUAGGCAGAUGUAUUUGAUCAAGGUGUGGGAAAAUGGUGCUAUGGAGCUAGAUGUUAGACAAUACCUCAGAAGAGAUCCCAGACUCCUCUAGUACUUCCACUCUGUUUCUGUCAUAGUUCUGUGUUGUAGUUACAGGUACGAUCACAGCUGAGCCUGGGGGGCCUGAUCUCGGGUCAGAGUCCGGUGUGGUCCCGAAUUCUGCACCCCCUGGUAUUGGUAGGUUUAGGAGUAGGUGUGGUGGAGGGGUUAAGAUUAGGCAAUUAGUGACUUCGAGGAAUCUGGCAUGGGUGCAGGAUUUGACACAACACCGGCCGAACUGCUGUGUUUAAGUGCGGGUCUGAUCUGGGAUCAGCGCUGUGAGUUGGUCUGGGCUUGUGCUCCGUGUUAUCGAAUGUAACGAGGCCCAGUAUCCUCACUGCCUUAUGAGACCAGCAAAAACACCCCGCCCACUGAUGUCUGAUUGGCUGAAUGAGACGGAGCCACGCCCACCGCUCAGAGAACAGUGCCAUCUGUAAUCACCAUAACAACCCCAUCGUAUAAACUUAUUAAAGUUACAGAAUUUAUGAUUUUUAUCAUAGUACCCUGUUUUUUCCACAAUAAAAUAAUCACCUUAGUCAGGGCAGCGCCAUAUUUCAUUUCUGACAGAGUGAAAACGAGGCUGUGAUGGACUGAAGUACACUACAUCCAAUGGAUCAAAGCGUGGUUUAACAACACACUGAUUGUUCAGCCGAUGAAACCUCUCUUCCAAUAAAAUGUUCGCUGGAAGAAAACUCCAUUAAGCAGUUUUGAAAGUUGUGAGUUGUGAAAAUUACGACCUUUAUAUGAUGUGUGCCAUGACUGCACAGCCUUGUUUUCAUCCGCGUAAAAUAAAAAGUGGCGUCUGACCUCAUUAAGGCAUAUGGUGCGUCCCAAAUCACGCACUUAUGCGUUUUGUGGUAUAAAUAGUGCGAGUAGUGCAUUGAAAAUUACAAAAAGAAAAAGUGCACUAAAACAAAAAAACACCUAAAGUUGGACACUUAAUCCACUGCGUUGUCGCAUCUUUUAUUGCGUAGCGGAGGGGGAGGGGCGAGCAGACUCUGAUUAUGAAUGACAAAAUAAACGUAUAUAUAGUUCAUACAUUACAUGAGUGAGUACAUAGUGUAUAGUGAAUCAUUUGGGACGCAGCUAUAGAUAUAUGAAUAGGUAGAUGCUCCAGACGCGUCACGCACAAUAACAAUCAAUGGGUUUCAAAAUCCAACACCAUUGCUUAGACUGUGAAUGUCAAAACCGCCAAAAUUUUAAUUCCUGAAGAAAUUGGAUAAACUUUUCACAAGUAAUAGUGUGUCGGUUUGGGUUUUUAAUAUGUAUGCACUCAUUAUUACAGGUUUUUAAACUACAGACGCUUUUAAGCAUCAUGUAAGCCUACACCUAAGUCUAUUGCAGAUACAGAUAUUCUCACACGUGUACAGCUACAGUUGCAACGCACAGACAACAGUUUCUCCUGACGCUAAUAGAGCAUCUACCUAUACAUAACUAUGGAUUAUUUCAAUAAUAACUUUGCAUCACACAUGGUAUUGAAUGCACAUUCAUUUUUACAGUUUCUUCUGUUUAAAUCAGAUUAAACUAAAUGUAGCACCAUCACACUUAGAGCAGCUGUACAUGUGUUUGUCAAUUUUUUUUUAAAAUCUAAAUUCUCACGUAAUACAGCUCAAAACAAUUUAAUUUAUUUGAUUUUGAAGACCAGAACAAUGAAUAAGAAAUAUAGAAAGACAUAAUGUAGCAUAAAUCGAGGUCAUCCGUGUGGCUUUGUGAUGUUCUGAAGGUACAAAGUUUGUUUUUCACAUCACAUUAUUUUUAUUUGAAUUGGACCGUGUGAGCUGAUGAUUUGUUUUAUGUAUAUCUAUACACUGUAUAUCCAUGAAUUGUGAUUCUUAGUGAUGAAUCUGUUGUUAAAAAGCUUACAUGGAGAGGCCCUCUAUAGACACGACGCACCACUCCACAGCUAGAGGCUAAAUCUAUAAUAAAAGCAAUGAAAUGCCUGAGAUUGAAGAUAUUUGAAGAUGAAAUGCUUUGAAGCGCUUCACGUGCACGGCCUGGCUCUUGUAGAAACGGUUAGCUGGUGUGCCAAAGCUGUAAACCUUCAUUGAGUCUUCUCUCUGUAUUAUACAGAAAUUUAAUGUAAUGCAAAACUAAAUAAAUCUUUAUUCAUUAAGAGAGAGCAGAUUGAUGGGACGUUUCUUCUUCAGCGGUCGACCCAAACACAGGACGGUCAGCUGCGUGAGUCGAGCUGAUAAAUGAGCUCAUAUGUUUUCCAUGUGCUUUAAUGAGAUGAGAGGAAACUCUGGUGCCAAAAAACGAUCAUGUGACGGUGGACAGACGUCCGUCUGAGAGGACCUCUUUGUGUUUCUGUUUGUUCUCGUUCUUCUAAUUGAUAAUCACAUCUGAGUUUGGUUUUGUAUUCUGUGGAAGUAGUUGGAGAAAAAAAAAACUAUUAGAGACUGGAUGUUUUUUAUACAUAUGAAUAUAAUAUACAACAUGCAUAAAUUAAAAGAUGUCUGUUCCACAUCAGUACAAUAAACAGAGAGAACCAA